UCUAUGAAUCUCAGGGAUUAUCAGACCUUACAGAAAAUAACGAUCGUUGACGACUUAAAACAAGCUGAAUUUGUUUCUUUGGAGUCAAUAUUCAAUAAAAAUGUUCUUGGAGUUGACUGUGAAUGGAAUUCUUCGUCAGGAUCAAAGAUAUCCAUGAUUCAAGUAGCAACUUGUGAUGAUGUAUUUCUAUUUCGUAUCACCAAGUUCCCUGACAAACGGAUUCCAAAGAGCCUGAAUGAUAUCCUACAGAAUGGUGAUAUCAUCAAGGUUGGUGUUAACAUCGAAAAUGAUGCCAAGAUGUUAAGAAAACAAUACCAGUGCAAUUUAGAAGGUUUGGUAGAUUUGAGGAAUAUUGCUGUAACCAAGACAGCAUAUGGAAAAGUAUUACUAAAAAAGCUCCAGAAAUUUGAAGAAGAACUGGCUAUUCUUUAUCCAGAAGACAAUGAAGAUGAAAUACUUAACCUUGAAUCGAAAAGGAGAAAGAAAUCUAAAAGAUACAGCUGGUGUCCCAAAUUAGGUUUGGGCUCAUUAACAGAAGAUUGCCUUGGUGUCCGACUUCAGAAGGAAAGCACUGCAAGAUGGCAAGAUGAUUGGGAAGCAUACAGUCUCAGCCAGGAACAAGUCAACUAUGCAGCUGCUGACGGGGCUGCUGCUCUUGAUAUAUUCUAUGCUCUUAUGGUGGAGAAAGAUCUAGGAGUUCCUUUUAGUGUUUCAGAGAUUGAGUGGGCUUCUGAUAUAAAAGAUCAGCUCACAAAAUUUUGUGGAAGGGCAAUUGGGCUGAAUGUAAAACAAAAAAGUCUUGUGAGCCAGUGUUAUUCACAAAUAACAGCUCUUGAUAAGGAGUUUGAUCUUACUGAUUACAUGACAAAACCGGUUCAGAAAAAUAGAUUUGAUGAGCAGCUAGCUAAUGUUCACAAAAUUGUACGGAAAAAGCCGCUAUACGAGAACUGCAAACUGUAUGCUCCUGACGGGACACUCCUCUGUACAUGUAACAAAAGAAAGAUAAACUGGUAUCUUAGUAACAACUUGGCUGAGCCUAUUGAACAAGCUGAGGGUGAACCAAUUGCUGCUAAGUUACUCUUUGAACCCUCUGGAAAACCGUUGGAUAGUUCAGACUUCUAUUGUCAGGACAAGAUAAAUGAAUGCUGCUGUUGUUCUCGAACCGAGGAGCUUGUUAGAAAGAAUGUCAUUCCUAAAGAAUACAGGAGACACCUGCCUGUUGAAUUUAAAGAUAGACAGUCACAUGAUGUAGUGCUGCUGUGUGUCCAGUGUCAUUGUUCUAGCAAUAUGUUUGAUAACCUGAUGCGAGAAGAACUGGCGACAGAGCAUGGGAUUCCCAUCAAUUACAAAAACAACUUUAUGGUCUUGAACAGGACAAAAUCUAGUGUUCGAGCAGCUGCCAAGGCUCUGACAGCAACAAACAAUAUCAUCCCAGAAGAAAGGAAACUAGUGCUGAAACAGACGAUUACUGACUACUUGGGACAUGAGCCGUCAGCAGAAGAGGUCAUGGAACUGAAAUGUAUAUCCAUUAAUGAUAUGAAGUGUUCAGGUAAUGCUCCAGAGCAUGGUAGUGAAGUGGUGAAGAAAGUUAUCGAGCAGGACAAAGUGGAGGACUUCAUUGUAAGGUGGAGAAACUUCUUUUUGUCCUCAAUGAAACCGGAGCAUCUCCCCAAGGGGUGGAGUGUUGACCACAAGACAAGGGAUAAGUUAAAGGAGGCUGAGUCAGGGAUAAAUGAGAUAGAUAUUCUGGAAAAAGAGGGGGAUGAGGUAAAAAUGGUAGUUGGUAACUUCAGGGAAAAAGAGGAUGGGGAGAUAGAUGAAGAGAAGCCGGAGGAGUCAGCGAAGGAAGCUGUAUAUAAUAUAAACAGUGAUGAUUCUCAUAUGAAAGCUGAAACAAUGAGUGUCGAAUAAGUUAUUUAGUAGUGUCCUAUAAGGAAUAUUAACCAGUCUGGCGACAAUCCGGACGUCCAGGGGGAGAGGGGUGGUUUCAAAAAUUCGGACACACCCGGACAGGGGGAGGGGGUGGUCUGAAAAUCUGCGAUUUUGGCGGACGUCCUAAGUAGAUGGCCCCUAAUUGGAACUUGUUGUUGCUGAGCUGAAACUGUAAAGGACAAAACAAUAAUUAGGUACAUGAAUGUCGACAAAAUGAUAAUAUUUUGGAGUUAGGUUACGUCGUGCAGAAAGGAUCUUAGCUACAACUACAAGCUGCGCCUCAGAAAUGAUUUGCGCAUACUGCCGUCAAAAUUUAUCCGCAUUUCCGGUAUUUUAGGAUAUGAACAUCUUGUUUGCCAGCAUUUAAACGUGCGCAUUUUCUGCGCAUCACUUGCAAAUUUAAUUACUUUGACAAGAACUGAGGCAAUUUGCAUUUUCAACAGUUCGGACGUGGAUUGUGCUGAAUUAUGUGAUUUGUUCUAACAACUCGACUACGAUCAGCAGUCAAUACUCAUCAAGUGAUGGCAAGCACGACUGACGGUUACACAUUUUAACAUCAAUUCAAAUACCCUGUGGUCAAUAAGCUGUAAAUUUCACAUAGCUGAAUGCUGAGUCUUUUUAACAGUAAUUACUGGUUGGAAAAUGGAUAUCAUAAAUGUUGCACUGAACAACAUAUUUAAUAUUAGUUAGCCUUCUACUGUAGAAACACAUAAGUGAACUACUUUGAACGCCAGUCCUCGUCCCUAAGCUCAAAAUUUUCAUAAACAAAAUUGAGCAAUGGUUCGGGCAAAAUAUUUCCACGCCGGUCAAAUGCCGCCGCCGCCGACCAAAUAUGGCUCCACUCCGCCGCCUAUGCGUUUUACAGCGGCGCCCAUGUCUGCUUUUACUAGAAUACAUUUUUUCAAUACAUGUCUUGCUAUUAUAUUAGGGACGAUACGGUAGUGUUCGUAAGAGGAUGGGGACUUGUCCCGUUGUGAUAAACAAUUUUAUUUGUUGAGUUAUUCUUUCUGGCCGUUAGAGCAUACAAAACUUUAAGUUUUCACAAUAUUUGUCAGAUGAGGUUUAAAUUCCGUCGUUAAGUGCUGAUCUACGCAGUGUGGCAUUUUCCUAUUGAGAGUGCAGUGCCUUUGUGAGGGAUUAUUACUAUUUGUAUUAAAUAUUUGCUAAGAUAGUUUACAAUCAAUCAAACUAUUCCGAUGUUUCUUUCACAACAACAGAAAUGUAAAGAUUUAUUAUAAACAGUAGUCGAUUUAAUUGUAUUUGGGUUUAUAUUAUGUUUUUGUAUUGGCAGUUGAUCAAUAGAUCUGCACUUAUUUGUG